UUCUAACUAUAUCUAUUACCUGUGACAAAAAAAUGGCGAUUGGAGUCGAUACGUCGAAAUGGAAACCUCGAAAAUUCAAAGGAACUCCAGCUGGUAAAGCCAGGAAUAUAGUUGGUUUAUGUAUUGCAAGCGUCGGUUGUCUAAUUGGUGCUUUUUAUCAAUUCUCUGAUGUAACAGUUAAUUAUAGAAAAAAACUGGACAUAUUUUACCAGGAUCCGAUAGAGGAAGUGGAAAGGAAGCUUAUGAUAGCAAGUGGACUUCCGAACAGGACGGGCGCAACUAUAAGACGGUUAAUGGAAGAAGAGGCUAGACCAGACAGGCCUGAUAAAUAAUAAAUGAAUACAGAUAAUUGUAAUACGCAGUUAUUAUAGUCUUAAGAUGUAAUAAAUUAUUUAGUUAUUUAUA